AGGAUUCCUUUACAAGGAGCUUAAAAACUGGCCACAGGGCUCAGGCGUCAGUGGCAAAGCCGCUACAAUCGAAAUGGGCUUAAAGCAUACGCCUAUGUUAUGUACGUCAACAAGAUAUGCAAGUCCAAGCAGUAAGAAGCCUUGGAUAUUUGGUCUUAGCCCUAGCUGACAUAAUAACGGUACGAUAUGCGCUGAUGCCGUAACAGUAUUGCUCCCUUGGAAGCGACGCGGUGUAUGGAACAAUAAUUAUUAUUGACAAGUUUUGCUCGCGCUGCUGCGCCGUCUGCGGAAUGAAGCUUGCGUAGGGCGCUAACCACGUUUAGUGGAGAACCUCGUGAAACAUGCCGGCGCUCGAUACAUUCGACUGGUUGGAGGGAUGGUGGAUUGGCCUCAAUGCCUUUCUGUUUGGUCUGACCGCCGGCUGGGCGUUCUUCCACAAUGGCCUGGCACGAGAGCCGGCUGCUGCUACCGGUAACACAUCGCGCGCGGCUGGAGGCUCCACGUGCUCCAAGUCUUUACAGCACUCUGCGGAUGGACAGCUGCGUGAACAACAGCAGCUGCUGAAGCGCCUUGUCUGCAUUCGGACUCUGGGGUUUGCCAUCCAGUCCUUCCACCUGAUAGCAGUGUACCGCCUAUGGGAGACCUCACG